GGGUGCCACUAAUCUGCUCACUGAAUCCUGGGUCUGUGAAAUCGCUAAAAGACAUAACAAAACGAGUGCUCAGGUUUUACUACGCUAUUUGCUGCAGCGCAACAUUGCCGUGAUCCCCAAAUCGGCUACCCCAUCGCGUAUCCUGGAGAAUGCUCAGAUCUUUGAUUUUUAUUUAUCCGAAGAAGAAAUGCACUCUCUUCACACUAGUGCUUUGAAUGAGCGCAUUUACCAACUUACAGAGAUGGAGUGCGCUGACGAAUACCCAUUCCACGAGGAGUUCUAAUGCGAGAGUAUCUUUCACAUUUCCACAAGAAUUUUGUCAUCAUUUUGCUCAUUUCUGUCACGGAUGUGUAUCACUACGUUGUGGCCUAAUA